AUGAAGGAUAGCGAGAUAGUAUGUUGUAGUACUACAUUGCUCAACGUACUUUUUUUAUUUCUGCCAUAUUUAAAUUUGCAAAAAUUACUGGUCACUCCUAGAAAAAUACUCAUUAGGAAUGUCAUAACAAUAUUGAAGAAUUCAAACGACUGCAAAGUAGCGGUUAUGGACAUAUUAGAACAAACUCUUGAAACGAGUCAAGAUGAAAUACAGUUGAAAGGUGAAGAUAUUGAUGAUCCUAAAGCUAUUGUUGAUGGUACCAAUUUAACAAUAAUUGAAGAUGAUGGAUCAAUAUCCGAUGAUCAAACCGUAGACAAUUUAACACAUGCUCAACCAAUUUUAGAUGGAGAUGAUGAAGUGCAAUAUCAAUGGAGAUCGGGUGAAGGAGUCACUUAUAGAGUUGUUCAUGUAAAUCCUGAAGAAAAUGACGGUGAAAGUAUAACAUCAAAUUAUGUACCUUCUCAGGGACAUGUUCAACCAGCUACAGCUGUAUUGACUAGCGGAUUUGCUACUAAUCAUUUUUAUGUCAUUGGAAAUGCUAAUGAAGUUUUUAAUUCUCAAACUCCAAGAUGUCUAGCUCCAAGAGGUAGCAUGCAAAUAGAAAAUAGAAAUAUUUGUGUCUCGAAUAAUCCUACAAGAGUCAGGAGGGAUGAUAGGCGAAGAGCUACACACAAUGAAGUUGAAAGGCGGCGAAGAGAUAAGAUUAACAAUUGGAUUGCUAAACUUAGCAAAAUAAUACCAGACUGUAGUUCGAUGGAUAAUAAUAAAAGUGUACAGAGUAAAGGUGGUAUAUUAGCAAAAGCUUGCGAGUACAUAAUGGAACUUCGUAGGGCGGAAGAACAGCUUUCGGAUUGCGUGAAAGAAAUAGAAAGGUUAAAUUCUCACAUAGAUUUUUUACAACAGCAAAAUGAAAAGUUGAAAGUUCAUAAUGCCGUUCUAAGGACUGAAUUGACUCAACGUGGGAUUUCGGUACCUUGUGAAGUUGAAAACAGGCUUAGCCCUGCGGGGACGGACUCUUAG